GCCGUGGCGGACUGCAUGGUUGCGCAGCGCGAGGCCGACAAGCGCAAGAGGAAGAGAAGACGACACGAUAGCUCGAGCAGUGCAAGUGGAGAGAAGAGGAAGCGUCGAGAGAGCACCAGCAGUGGAGAAGGAGAGAAAGGGAAAGUACAGGCAGACUCCAGCUGUGAGACAGGAGAUGAGCGUGGUGUAUGAGGUCAUGAUCGCCUCCCACAAUGAGCUUGAUUCGUUCUGUGCUUCUCUGUCCGGCAAUAUCAUGAAGUCUUUUCCCAGGAAGGCCCCACGAAAGUCUACUGUAUAGAUGCGGCAUACCAGCUGGUAUGAGAUCGCCGUGUCCGCGCGCCUGACGGAGGGGGUAAGGGGGUCUGGCUGGAGAUCGUGUU